AUGAGUUCCACAGACCCCCUCCUCCGCAGGGUAGAGAACUACCGCGAAAGUUGCGACAACUGUGCCAAGUCAAAAGUUCGCUGCGGCAAGGAACAGCCUUGGUGUCAGAGAUGCGAGCGACGUGGCCAGGUCUGUAGCUACAGCCCUUCUCAGCGGUCGAGAAAGAGGACACUCGACACUGCACACCCUGAAAGCGACCAACGGAAUGGCACUCCGCCAUUUACUUCCAUCAGCAGUGCGUCAUCUGUAGCUGCAGUGAGCACUGGCUUCAGUUCAAUGCUUAGCCAAGCUGACAGCUGGGGCACCUGUCCCGACCUUGUCGAGCUGUUGACCAGUGGCAGUAGCUCUGAGUCUCUCACACCAGACAAUAACCAUCUGGUGUGGUUGUCAGAUAUGGAAUCAAUUGCUGGUGACAGCAAUAUCAGCAAGAGUAUGGAAAGAAUGGAUGCCUUCCCAUAUCCAAAGAGCAUCGCCUCAUCGGCAGCAGGGGUGGUCAAUGGCAGUGGAGCUGGUGCCGACAGCACGGGACAUAGAUCAACAUGCCCACUCCAAGACAAGCAACACUGCGAGGCUGAUCUUAUAUCCGCACUGGCAAAACCCGACCUUCCUUCCCUGUCAUGCUGGGGUAACCCCAAAGCGUCACAAAAUCUCGGGACCAUUCUGACAGCCAGCCGUGCAACACUCAAGUGUGUCACCACUGCCAUGUCAUGCACAUGCACCCCGAAUGACAACGUCGCAUUGCUGGCCACAGCGGUGUUGUUGCGCAUCUUAUCCUGGUACCACAUCGUGCUGAAAAACUGCAAUGGUCCCAACGAUGCCAGUGCGGCAACAAUCGACGAUCACACCAGCCCUACACCAUCUAAUGAUGGGAAGGACACCGAGAGGUCAGUGCCACGGGACACAAAUGUGCCACGAGACGGAAGUGAGCCGUCAAGUCUCAUCAUGCCGCCGAUGACGAUCGGAGCAUAUGAACUAGAUUCUGAGAAUAGAGAGCGCAUGAUUGGACACAUCAUGCUCAGCGAGCUCGGUAAGAUGGGGAACUUGCUAAGUGAUUUUUCAAAGAAGUUCUGUGACCCCCAGUCAACCAUGCUGGGUAACGACAAUAGGAGCCAGCUGUUUCUCGCUUUGGAAAUGUUGAUUCGGAAUAAACACAUGGCAACUGUCCUAGAUGUACGAAAGAAACUCGAGGUCAAGUAG